ACUUGUCAGUCAACUCGUGCCAGUAUUCUGGCCGUCUGCCUCUUCCAGCACACCCUCAUUACAUGUGUCUGUCUGCUCAUCUGUUCAGAGACGCUCUGAAGAAGUCAGGAAUUCUUCCUCCUCUCCACUCCUCUCUGGAAUUAGAUUAUAACUCUUCGGAAGUGUCUGUUCCGUAACCCUCCUCCUCACAGGGCGCCUGCUUGCCUAUGUGGGAUCGCUUUACAGUUUUCACAACCUCUCUGUGUGGCUUUUUUUAUUUCUAGAAUGGAAGAAGCUGAACUGCUGAAAGAAAGGUUUCAAGCCAUAACAGACAAGAGGAAACUUCAAGAAGAAAUCACUCAGAAACGCCUUAAAGUAGAAGAAGAAAAGCUAAAACAUCAGCACUUGAAGAAAAAAGCUCUGCGUGAGAAAUGGCUGUGGGAUGGCCUAAACACUCUUACGGCAAAAGAACGGGAGGAAAUGCAAAACCAGAAUCGAGAGGAUCAGCAACGGAUGAAUGAGCUGGAACAAAAUAUUCUCAGACUUGAGCAAGAAAUUGAGGAUCUUGAGAAAGAAGAGCUGACAAUCUCAGCUAAAGAAAAGGCCAUUUUAAAGAAGCUUAAAACAGUUGAAAGGACAGCAGAAGAUAUCAUAAAGUCUGUGAAGGCAGAAAAAGUAGAGGCUAGAGAAGAAUCAGCUGACUAUAUAUACGCCAACAUCCCCGACCUCCCAAAAUCUUUUAGACCUUCUGCAGUUAGAAGAACAGGGCAUCUAAAAAGAGAAGAUGAUGAAGAAAGUCGAAAAGCACUGUUUGCUAUGGAAAUCAAAGUAGAAAAAGAUAUGAAGACAGGAGAAAGCACAGUUCUGUCUACAAUUCCUCUUCCUUCAGAGGAAUUCAAAGGUGCUGGAGUGAAAGUAUAUGAUGAUGGCAGAAAGUCAGUCUAUGCAGUGUGCACCAAUGGAAGCAUAACAAACAACGGAGUAGAUGAUCUUGCACCCAUUGAAGUGGAGGACCUCUUAAGGCAAGCCACUGAACAACAAUCAAAGUCUCCCACCGAAUAUCAUGAACCUGUGUAUGCAAACCAGUUUUGCAGGCCAGCCACACCCCAGCACGAGAAGUUAUUCCAGGGACCAAAUGGUGAUGAUGCUAGUCAAAAUAAGACUAAUCGGCUUGAUUAUUGUAGUGAGCCCUUCUAUAACAAAGCCAAAAGUCAAAAUAUGGAAGAUGACAGUCUUUCAAAGGGCUGCCCAGAGAAUUCUCAUUCUCCGGUCCCUCAACAAAAAGAAAAACUUGUACAAAUUAGCCCCCCAAAAAAGAUGGUGUCUGAGGUGCCACAAGAAGUUAUCCAAGAGGCUUUGGAACCAAUUCAAAAAACAAGAGAGAAUCAACAUGGCAUACUGUUCAGAAAUUCCGCAAAUAAUGGUGAAAAGUCUUCUCCCGCAACACAAAAAAGUGAUGAAGAUUCUAGCUACACUGUGGUCCACGCCAUGCCAUGUUAUGUGGAUGAUACUGAACCUGUUACAAUGAUUUUCAUGGGUUACCAGCAUGUGGAGGAUGAAGAACUGAAUAAAACUGUCUGUGGAUACGAUGGGAUUAUCCAUGCAGAGCUUGUAGUCAUUGACGAUGACGAGGAAGAAGAGGACAUUAAAUCGGAGAAGCCUUUGUACCACUCAGUGGGCCCUUCCAGCCAGGUGUAUCAACCAUCCAACCAAAUAGCUGCAAUUCCACAAAGAAAUGACAGCAAAAUUGUUGGCGCCAACAUGAACAAAUCACCUUACAAAAAUUCCAUAUCACUCAAGGAACAAGAAGAAAGUUUGAGCUGUUCUACUUAUAGUGCUCAAUUGGAUGGCCAGUUACCAGGAGAUGGAACCGAAGAUCCAUCGUUAACAGCCCUAAGACUGAGAAUGGCAAAGCUCGGGAAGAAAGUAAUUUAGCAUCCACAAUGGCUUCUCACUAAAAAUACGGAGGUGAGAAACAGAGCAGAGUAGAAGAAACCAAGAAGAAUUUUCUAUCCUCUUUGGACAUCAAAUGCUUUUGCUUGUACAAACAUAUAUGCAUAGGAGUAGUAGCACUUUAUGAGAAAUGAACUACCAAUAAGAAAUGGCAACAUUUGCUCUUUGGUAAUGCAGCCAUGUCCAUAAACAAAAAUUUAAAAAACUUUAUAGAUUUUGUAUUCCCUUUAAGAAAAUUUGAUAACUUAAAAAAAAAUUGUCUCAGUGUUAUUCCAUGACAGGUCAUAUCGUAAGAGCCAUUGUCUUCAAUGGGAGGACUACAGCAAGACAGCAGAAUGUUAUUAAAUGACAGUAUAUCUGUGCCAGCGACAGUAUGGAGUGUUGCUCAAAGACCAAGUACACCAGAGUAGGAAUAUGCCAACAAGACUCGUAGGGUUUUGAGGAUCACAUCAUUGUGGGGGCAAAUUGAUUCUGACACCACUAUGGUCACCUUUUCACUUUCCUUUUAAGGUUGAUUACAUAUGCUCCUUUGGCUCUUUGUUUUCUUCUAUGAUCCAGAAGGGUGUAAAAGUAGUUUCUUAAGUGAAGCACUUAUUAUCAGGCAACCCCAGACUAGGAUGAGCUAUAUUCACACAUGGACACAUGAAGCUGCCUUAUACUGAAUCAGGCCAUUGGUCCAUCAAGGUCUGUAUUGUCUACUCAGAUUGGCAGCGAUUGUCCAGGGCUUCAUGUCAAGGUCUUUCACAUCACCUACUACAUGAUCUUUUUAAUCAGAGAAGCUGGGGAUUAAGCUGUGGACCUUCAGCUUGCCACUGAGCCACAGCCUCUCCUCCGGCAUCCUCACCACAAUAUGUACCAUUAUUAAAAUAUGUUCCCUUUUGAUUUCCUAACUACCAUACUUUCAUAAUUUGGCAGGGCUGUCACUUGGUGACUGGUCACCAAGGAAGGGAAGAGGGCUUCAGGUCUGCGGAAAAAAAUU